UCAGAAUCUUAGCAACCGGCAAUCUACUCAGAGCUUCUUCAGAGGAGGAACCAAGACGUGCUGGAGACAUGAAGAUCUUACUGUUGUCUCUUGUCCUGGUUGCGGUUUGCGACGCCCAGCUACCCUUACUUAAUGAAUUGACACAGCUUGCAGGACAAUGGCAGACGAUGUACAUGGCAGCUAGCAACAUUGAGAAGCUCAGUGAAAACAGCCCAUUCAGGGGUUAUAUGAGACGUAUUGAUGUGGACAUGCCAAGAAGGAAAAUCUUAUUCAAUUUUUUUAUCAAGCAGAAUGGAGAAUGCCAAGAAAAAUCAAUCACGGGAACGGUAGGACUCAACAAAAUGAUCCGUGUCGAUUAUGAGGGGACCAACGAUUUCCAAGUUGUCAGGAUAACCCCAAACGUUAUGCUGGGCUAUGAUAUCAACGUAGACGAGGAAGGACGCACCACAGAUCUCGUUUUAUUGGUUGGCAGAGCAAAUCAAGUCAAUGAGGAAGACUUCGAGAAAUUCAAGGAGUUGGUUAGACAAAGGAAUAUUCCGGAAGAAAAUAUUUUAAAGCUCGUCGGUACCGACGACUGUCCCACUAUUUAACAAAACCAGUGAUGCCAACUCCUUCUAAAUAUUCCACGUGACUGAGAAGCGGACACAUCCUUUUCUGCAUGGAAUCAGGAUCAACAGUAUGAAGAAAGCCUUGCUUGAUUCUGCUUGACGUCAUGUUUUUCUCUUAACAUACUCUCUUUCCCCAUUUCAUCACUCUCCCUCACCGUUCACGUGCUGUUUGGGGUUACUGAAUUGUCAAAUGAUUAAAUAAAUUGGUGAAAUAUACAUCCUGUA